AUGGUAGCAAGAACUCGGGACGGAGACAGCGUAGGGCGACUACUGCGCGUGCUUAGAGAUUGUGAGCUGUUUCACGUAAUAUUCCAGUUAUUCUUUACGUGCUGUGUCUUCUUUAUAGAGGCAGCUAUUGCUAAUCUUGACCAUGUAACGAUUGGAAUCAGAUCUGAGUCGAUGCAAAACGUAGAUGACGUUGACGAGCGGGAGCGCGUUGUUGAGGGUCGAGUGUUGUCGCUCUUGGACCACAAGUGGAUUGCACGACUGCAAGCAGCUUUGACUACAGUUAUCAAUGCUUACAAUGUACAAACUGAAGAAGAAGCAACUGAAGUAAAGGAUACACACCGAAAUGUAGUCUGUACUAUGGCUGGAGCUGCAAUGAUGCAAUCAUUACGAGAUUGCACGGCAUCUCGAACAAAUUGCUGUAUUUGGGGUCCACAGGCAGAGAAACUGCACGUUUUGUUGGACUGGAUGAUGAAGCGGGAAAGUGGCGUAGCAUCAUCGACUUGUGAUUAUGCACGGCAGCUGCUAUUGCAAUGGAUCCAGCCAGCAGCCGAGAAGCAGAAUCAACUUGCUGCUUGUCUUACGCUUUUUGAGUUGCUGCAACGACGUCGUCGUGAGCUGCAGACAUUCGCGGGUGAUAGUGAGAUCUCAUGCUUGUUAGGCGAUCGAACUGGGAUGUACUUGGAUGCCCUGUGCAUCAUUGUCGAUCGAGGAACAAUCCGGGUUGCUGACUCGCAUCGUGUAAAACCGUCAAAGCUUGCGCUAGUCUCCUUGGAAGCACUUACAUUGCUAUGUGGAGAUGUUGCGGCGCAAUACAUGACAUCAAAUACAGCAGCAAAGAGAAGACUUGUUGAUGAAGGUACUAUGUGUAGGACGGUGAAGUGCGUGCGGUUCAUUUUGGCUGUGUUACGGCAGUGGCACUUGCACUCAGUUCGUCGCCAGUUUCUCAUCUACGCACUUCAACACCUGCAGUCGUACGUUACACCCUGCAGUGUCAUCUUGUCAAGCAUGAAAGAAUUGGGUGAUGAGAAUGGGCAUGUCACAAUUACAAACGAUUUAGCAGCGCUGGAUGUGCUGUGCUGGCACUGGGAAACAAUAGUUCCACUGCUUUGCACGCGCACUGACGUAUCCUCUCAAAGUCGAAAGACUCAGCCACCAGAGGUUCUUACUUCAGCUUUGGAGAAAUGGGCUUUCAGUACUGUUCAGCCUAAAGAAAUGGAUGGCUCUAACAAUACCGUUAUCAAUCCUGAGGUAAUUUACGCUCAGCUACGCUAUGUUUGCGUGUUGAUGGAUUUAUUAGGUGGAGUGAAAGGAUGCUCUAAGGCUCUUGACGGCGUCCACGAAGAAGUAAAGGCGCGCUUCUUUUUCUUCUUCAUCCAAGGUUUGUCAUUGGCAACCAAAAACAGGGCUGAGGAGACGGUGCUCUUAAUUUUGAAGGUCAUGCGCGCCGUUCUUUUGCCAAGUGACGUCCACGUACUGAACCUGUUAAACUCACGAGAUGCAGAGCAAGAGCUUCUCUCGCAGUUGCUUCAUUUACAUAGCAACUCGUAUGGGAUCUCUGACACUGUGUCGCAAGGUCAAGCAGAUUUUGAGUUUUUUGUGGCAGACUUCAUCAUUUCUCGAAACCUGUUCAUUACUGAGUUUAUAUGGCGAGUGCAAGACGCCUGGACACAAAGUAACCAGAAUGUUUUGUCUCUAGUGCGGACAUUCUUGUAUCAACUGGAUCAUUCGGCUGCACAAUCCCAGCUACACGGGCAUUGGCGGAAGAUGCUUACAUCAGAGGUUGUAAGCCUUGUUGCCCAUGAAAAUGGUCGUAUCUGCCGAUGUGCGAUUUCUUGCUUGUCGUCACUCGACAUUGUGUCUUGCAUUGCCAGAUUGUGUACACUCGAUAGUAAUGGCACGAGAACCCACCUAAUUACAUCGGCGCUUGGAUAUCUUUUUACAGCUUCGACUCGACAUUCUUUUGAAGUCGGGGUAUCCUGGUUCAUAAAUGCGUGUCAGUUUGGAAGCGUUCAAGCCCCGGUUUUGAAACCCCUAGCAUCUCCUCACGACUGGAAUGACUACGUCUCGCAGCUGGAAGAAGACGUGCAGAAAAUCAUUGCAGAUGCAGAUGAAAGGCAAGAGAUGCAAGAAAAAUUGUUUUCACUUUGUUUCGGUCCGAAUGGAUGGAGCAAACACCUUCAGUCGGCUCACACACGCAGCAUUGUUUUACAAAUCCUGCUUCGUAAAAUAUUUGGGUCUCCUCGCGACGCAGCACUUUUGCGGAUGCUGCGUGAAUUUGUGGUGUGUGGCUGGGUAGACAACGAAGUAUUUGAAAUGCUGGGAAAACAGCUCGUCGCUCAAAUGAUGAGUUUGCCACGCUUAAGUGAAGACGUCUUAAACAACAGCUCGUUUUCGGCAGCAAAAUCUCUUGAGGGAUUGCUAUUCUCUCGUUUAGCACCGCUACUGGUGCUACGAAUGCUUCCUCGACAUGUUCUCGGAGCUAAUCAUAUUAAGUCAUUGCCUUGUGGACGUAAAGAUUUGGAUCAUUUAAACGAGUACAUCAAGUGCCAGCUUCAGUUUGCUCUUCCCGAUUCAGAGGCAGCCUCUAAAAGCUCGAUGGGUUCCACGAUCCAAACACUGUUUCACAUUUUAGGUCGCUCAGUGGUGGACCCAUUGGAAUUCAAAGAGGUGAAGAUGGUCGCUACUGAGUGCCUAUCCAAGUUUCCUUCACCCUGGGUACUGCCGUUCGUUCUUUCAUACUUGGUAGCUUUCUUACGAGAAGCUACUCCACACGGCGAAUAUGGUAGCUCGCUUAUUGUGGAAGAAGAGAGCGUUCCCAAUUCGUGUGGGCUGGUGACUGCGAAGCUGAUGGUCUACUAUCUCAAUCGAGCGUUUUCCGAAGAUGAUCAUGCUUACAAGGAUGAAGAGACUGUUUCAAAAGCACUUGUCGUGCUGAUACAACUUAUGGAGGUUCGGUCCGUCCAAGAUCCAAGGUUGGCAUCGGAUAAUGCAGCCCUUACCGAUCUCCAACGUGGUUGCAUUGAUUGCAUCGCGUUGAUACUCGUCAGACUGUCAGCGAACGACAGUGGACCAAGUGGCACGAAAGUGCCGAUUGUGAGUGCUUCAUCACUAAUGGACCUUCUGAUGGGAUGGAUAUUCGACAAGGUUGGAACAAACAGCAAUAUUGAUCGCAGCACUGACCCUCUCAUCUCGCGAGUGCGGGAAUUGCUUGAUGAUAGGUGGAGUGGAAGUUGUCACCACAAGCUAUCAUCGCAAGUUCGCAUUUGCUUUUGUAAUAUCUUACUGAGUGUCAUCUCUCGAGCGGAGAAUAAGGUUCUCGCAAGCUGGAAAGUGCAGGGGCUCCUUUUGCGCAUUGCAUUAGCAACCAAGAGUUGCUCUGACGAUGAUGUUGUCGCUGGGGGCUUUCAGAUCAUGUUUUCGUUUUUGUACAAGUCGAGCGAGCAUUUUUCAAUGGAAGACAGCAGCGAUCUGCAACUCGUUCGCAUCUGUUUUGAGGCCACUGUAGCUCGUCUCGAGACUACGGGAUGUGAAUCCAUAGCGAUGAGCGGGAUCAGAGUGGCUGGAGCUCUUAUUGGAAAAUUUCCAAGCUUUGUUGCGACAUUGCCACCAGUUGAUCUCCAGCGGCUCAUCGACGGAUGUUUGAUCAAGGUGCGCGAUAGGCAGAUAUCACCUGCCGUAAGCGAGCUGGCUCAAUCAGUGUUACAAGUGAUGACGCCUCCGUAA